GGCUUCACUUACUGCCUCGCGCGGCGACUGGCCGGGAGCGAGCGAGUAAGCGAGCGAGCGCCGCGGGCGGGGGGCGGGCGGCGAACCUGGCCGGAGCUGAGGGCGCAGCGCUCGGGGCUGCCCAAUGCGUGCACAAUCUGCUGCUGCUGCUGCCGCUGCCGCCGCCGCCACCGCCGCUGCCCCCGCCGCUUCUCCGCAGCCGCCGCUGCCUCCGCUGCAGCUGCCGCCGCCUCCGCCGCUCCCCGAGCAAUAUGCUGGAGCCACAGAACAGCUAAACGGAGUUUUCCCACCGCUGCCUGAGCUGGAUUGCAGCGCUGUCGUUCCUUAUGAAGAAGACACAAACUUGGAUUAUCACUUGCAUUUAUCUUCAGCUGCUCCUAUUCAAUUCUCUCGUCAAAACCAAAGGGAUCUGCGGGAAUCCUGUGACCGAUGAUGUGAAAGAGAUCACAACAUUGGUGGCAAACCUUCCGAAUGACUAUCUGAUAUCUCUUAACUAUGUCCCCGGGAUGGAACUCCUGCCUAAUCAUUGUUGGUUACAUUUGAUGGUGCCUGAAUUGGCCAACAGCCUGAAUAACCUCCUGUACAAAUUUUCCAAAAUUUCCAGUAGUCUAAGUAAUUAUUCAAUCAUUGAUAAACUCAUAAAAAUCAUUGAUGACCUGAUGGGAUGCUUAGAAGAGAAAAAUAAGAAUUUCCGAAAACAAAAUAACAACAUCUAUCAAGAAGGCUUGUUCAUUCCCGAAAAGUUUUUUAGCUUCUUUAAUAAAUCCAUCGAUGCCUUCAAAGAAUUUGAAGAAACAUCGGAGCAGAGCACCUGCAUCCUGCCUUCAACAAUAGGACCUGAGAAAGAUUUCAGGGUCAAUGUCACAAAACCAUUUUUGUUACCCCCCGUUGCAGCCAGCUCCCUUAGGAAUGACAGCAGUAGCAGUAAUAGGAAGGCAUCAGGAUCAGCUAAAGACCCAAGUGUGCAUUGGGUAGCCAUCGUGUUACCAUCCCUGUUUUCUCUUGUAAUUGGCUUUGUUCUGGGAGUCUUAUACUGGAAGAAAAAACAAAUGAGUCUUAAAAUGGAAGGUGAAAACAGAGAGAUUAAUGAAGAGGAUAAUGAGAUAAGUAUGUUGCAAGAAAAAGAGAGAGAGUUUCAAGAAGUGUAACUGUUGCUUGUAUCAACACUGUUACUUUUGCACAACGGCGGGUAACAGUUUAAUGUUUGCUUCAUAAAUGAAGCAGCUUUAAGCAAAUUCAUAUUCUGUCUGGAGUGACAGACUGAGUCUCUGUCUGUACUUGCUACCCAUGACUCCAUAAUGAUGAUUCAGAAAUGGGGACAAAGUGUCUUACUGUGAAACCAGCGCUGAAUUAAUCAUCUGCAAAGAAGAAUAUGCAUGGGGCAAAACUCUAUUUUAAGAAUUUGGGGAUUUGCCGUCUCAUUUAGAACUGGUAACUCAUGUCGGGAAAGGAACUGCAUUCCCUGGACUCCAUGCACCACCCGCAUGCCUCCAGCAAUGUGGAGUUUACCAAACAUCCAUACGUUCUAAUCCUUCGAUUGCCAUCUGCAUCCCACAGUUUAACAUGGUCUGUAGAAAUGGCUUUGAGCUUGGAUUGUGGAGAUAAAAACAAUGAAAAAGAACCUAUAGAAAACGGAGUUUUAAAGACACUCUGGUAUGGAAAGAGGGGAUAUCUGAGAGAUGCAGAAGUUUAGCAUGCCAGCCUUUAGUCUUAUGGAAUCUAGGUUCGUGUUUUGGAUGACAUGACAUGGAUCAAGUGUCUUUCUCUGCCCAAUGAAUACCAUAUCUAUCCAUCUCAAAAAAAAAAAAGCCUACCCGGAUAAUCUGACAUGGUUGGCUGUCCAUGCAGGGGAAGUCAAUACUGAAUUAGACUGGUGAUUUUUGUCACCACAUGGAGAAGCUCUGAAAGAGUUAACAUAUGAAGAAGCUUUCAGCACUGAAUAUCAGAAGGGCCUACCUGAAGAAGACAUUUGGUGUCCCUGGUGAUGUCUGCCCUCUUUUGAUAACCACUAUGGUGUGUAUAGAUACAUUUCCAAAAUAUGUUAGAGCAUUUUAUAUACAUAUAUUCUAGAAACCUUACACGAAGUUAUGUAAAGAGAGUCUUAGGAGAAACUGCUGAAUGUAUGGAGAUCCCACUUAAAACUACAGCUGUAGGAGGGACAUGGAUAUGGCUUAGAAUAUUCAGUGUCUAACAAGAGACAACCACAGCCCUAAACAUUGGUAUCAAAAACCUUGGCCUUUGCAAAAGAGCAAGAAAUCUAGAAACUUUAGCUACUGGUAACAUAGUCAUUGUCAUGUUUCAAAUAUCCAUUUAUUUAAGAUCUGGCGCUAUUCAUUAAGGGUAUAAUUCAGAGAUUUUUUUAAGCUUUAUUCAGUUUUGCAUGUUGGCUUGCUGUUUAAAACACAUGGCUUCCUAGGGCAUAUUUUGGAGAAACUUGGCAAAUGUUGCAAAGAAGGGCAAAGGAUCUGUGAUUUCAUCAGCACUGGGGAUUCUUAGAACCAAUCUGCAACCUACCAGACGAAUCUAAGGGGUUGGUUCAAUGAGGUACAUGGAAGUUAGUAACUGACCCAGAGUCACACAGCUAGCAAGUGUUGCGGGUAGAAUUUGAACCUAGGUCUUCCUCACUCUAGGCCUAGGACUGAAUCUCCUACCCAAGCUCCCUGUACCAAAGCUCUCCAUAAUAUGGACACUUAGUAAUUUUAAGCUAAGUGUCUUGCUUGAGAAGCCUUUCUAAUGAUAUGUUCAAUCUUCUAAAGGCAGACAGUUCAUUAAAGCCAAUGAACAAUUAAUUCUUAGUUUUUUUUUCUGCUGGAUAUGGUGGGGGGUGGGGGGGAGAGAGAGAGAGGGUGAGUUAAUGUGCCACAAACCUAUAAAUGGAGCCAAAAGUGUACCCUUCCAAGCUGACGAUUGGGGCAAUAGUACAGUGACGAAUUAUCCCCACAGACUGGCCAUUGACAAACUGGCCUCUUGACCCAGAAAAGCAUGAAACAGUCAUUGUUCUCCUUCUUUUGUAUCAAAAUGUCAGAAAGUCUCCGUGGUAGUUGGAACCUUCAGUUUGGACUAUACUAUAUGGACUGCCCAAUUCUCCAAGCUUUAGAAGACAAUUAGAUGCAUUUAACAGUAAAACAAUGCUGAGCGUAAUUGCUUGAUGCUAGUUAGUUGGGCACAGGCUCUGACAUGCUUGCCUGUAGAGAGAAUGCGUAGCUUCAGUGUUAUAGUCCAGAGCUGACCAAAUAGAGAACCUGCAACAUUAUUGGAGUUAGCCAGCUGGCAUCUAUGUCUAGGAAAGCACCUUGCGAUUUCCUGUUACAUUCCUAUCCCAACAUUACAUUUCAGAGAUGCCUUUUGAAGUAGCUUCAGAAGGUCUGAAGGUAGUAUAUGACCCUUAAAGCUUUGCACCUUAUUUUGAGAAGCCUAGAUUGUAAAGAAACCAGCCCCAUGGCUAAUGGUUCUUAGAGAGUGAAAUCUGAACGGUUCUGAACAUUGGGUUACACAGUACGCUUUUCACACUGCCAGUCUCAAAUAUCAGAAACAUCUUACUCCCCUUCAUUUGGUUAGUGAAUUAGUCAUUGGUCAUGCCAUACUAUAAGGUAAAAUGUCAAUUUAAAAAGUUUCCUUUAGGUAAGAUUUAGAUUGUUUCUAGCAAAUUGGAGUGUUUGGGAGGAUUUUUGUGAUGCAUUUUAUCAACCAGAUUCAAUCUAGUUUUAAAUCUGUAGGAAUAAAAAAAACUCAUUCCACAUUCACAGCUGUCCUUAUGACAUAUUUCUCUAGUUAAGGUGUGUCAUCCACAUUUCUUUUUACUGGUGCAUUUAUUAGUCCUUCCACAUUUCUUUGUUUUCAACACAGAACAAGGAAAGAAAAAUAAAGCUGGUGUAGUAUUCAGUUCUAGGGUCUGAGUGUAUAAAAUGCUGACCUUCCAGAAUGGUUAUUGUUUUUGUUUAGAAUGUAAACAGGGCCCAUUAAUCAAAGCAGGAUUUCCUUUCACCCAAGGUAAAUUGGAUAACUAUUUGCACAAGUGAUGGCUUUUCAGCUGUGCUUGAAUGAACAGUUUGGAUCACCUCCUCCAAAUGCAUCAGCAGUAUUCAAGUACACUUUAGAUCCUGCAGUCAGAAAGAGUUGCUUUAAUGUAUGUUUUAACAUUUGGAAACCCACCAAAUUAUGCAUUUCAAUAUCUUUAUUUUAUUAAAAGCUGAGAGCCUAAAAUGUGGGAUGUACAUAAUGUCCAAAAUGCCAGAAGAUAUUUUAAAAUCAAUUUGGGAUGGACCAAUCCAUAAAUUACUUUUCUGGCCAUUUGUUAGUAUUGCUUUUUUUUUUUUCAUGGAGAAAUGAGGAGAAUUUUAUGUCAACUCAUCCUUAGUGUAAUUUAGAAUGUGCCACCUUGAAACUCCCCUUAGAAUCAAUCCAUCGAUCAACAAACCUUUUUAAGCACCUAUGUGCCAGGUACCACACAAGUUUCGAGGGGAAUAUGAGUUUUAGUUUGAGUGCUCCAAGGAACAUUAUUGUAAUAUGAAAUUACACAUUCACUAGAAUUGGAAAUGCCUUUGUUCUAAUAAGACAAAUACGAGUACUUUUAUUUUAUGAGGGUUUUUUUACAAGCAAUUAUUCCUGUAAAAGGUCCGUUUCUGAGAUCCUGAAAUAUUAACUAAGCAAAAAUGCAUAUCUAUCUAUGUCUGUAUGUAGAUAUUUGUGUAUUUCUGAUGACUAUCACCAAGUACAUACAUACUAUGGUUGCUUUCUCUUUACAUUAUCAUUAUUAUUAUUUUAAGCACAGGAGCUGUUGAAUGGAAGAUCUAACAACACAGUGCCAUUUUCAGUUAUUUGACUCAUGAGCUGCAAGACUCACAAUAUCUCCCCAAUCAGAAAAUCCUAGUCUCCUACACUAUCAAACGCUAGUGUAGGAUCGCACACGAUAUCUACUUGCCAUGAUUUUGCAGUGAGUGUGCUUUGAAAAAAAAUGGAUGGAUACACAGGUAUAUUGCUGGUUCUGUUUUAGGUUGGAGUUCUAAUGUAAAUGUAUGUCAACACUACUUUGCAUAGUUUAUUAUGACUGAAGGUUAAUUAAAUCAAAGAGGCUUGUAAAAUGUGAUGUGUAUGUGUAUAUACCGUAUGCGUACUUUUUAAAAUAGGUGUACGUCCCGACUCUUUUUUUUUAUACUGGUUUGAAUUUGAAAUUACAUUAUAUAUACAUAUACUUUAUUGUUCUAAAUAAAGAAUUUUAUGCACUAUU